UAUCUUCCUUUUGACUCUGCAGAGAGUGGUACUGACUAUUCAUUGUCUUGUCAUUGUCUUAGGCGUCACUGCUGAGAAAUCAUGCAUUUUUGAAAAAUCAGUAUGAGGAUGGAUUUAAUAUUCCUUUGAGUCACAAUAUUGUGCAUCCCUGUCUUAGAAAUACAAACUGUGAUUACAUAAAUAUUUUUAAGUCUGUUCCACGAAGUGUCAACAUGAAAAAUGAGACAGAAGUCAGCACAUUUGUACUGAAGGGCUUCACAGACAAUCAUGAACUUCAGGUCAUCUUAUUUUUUCUAUUUCUAACAAUCUACCUCUUUACUGUGACAGGAAAUUUAGGGUUGGUUGUAUUGGUCAUUGGGGAUUCCCGGCUCCACAACCCCAUGUACUAUUUUCUGAGUGUGUUAUCUUUCUUGGAUGCCUGCUAUUCCUCAGUGAUAACCCCAAAUAUGUUAGUAGAUUUUAUGUCAAAGAAUAAAGACAUUUCAUUCCUUGGAUGUGCAACACAAAUGUUUCUUGGUAUUACUUUUGGGAUCACAGAAAGUUUUCUAUUGGCGGCAAUGGCUUAUGAUCGCUAUGUAGCAAUCUACAACCCACUUCUCUAUUCAGUUAACAUGUCACACAGAGUCUAUGUGUCACUCAUCACUGCUUCAUAUGUUGGUGGUAUUGCACAUGCUACUUUACACACAGUGGCAACUUUUAGCCUCUCCUUCUGUGCAGCCAAUGAAAUCAGACAUGUCUUUUGUGAUAUCCCUCCACUCCUUGCUAUCUCCUGCUCUGACACUAAAAUCAACCAGCUUCUACUCAUCUACGAUGUGGGUUCUGUUGAGAUAUUCACCAUCCUGAUUGUCCUGAUCUCCUAUGGUUUCAUUUUAUUGGCCAUUCUGAGAAUGCGAUCUGCUGAAGGAAGGCGAAAAGUAUUUUCCACCUGUGGCUCUCACCUAACUGGAGUGUCAAUUUACCAUGGAACAAUCCUCUUCACGUAUGUCAGGCCAAGUUCUAGCUUUUUUUUGGAUCAUGAUGUGAUAAUGUCAAUAUUUUACACUGUUGUGAUACCCAUGCUAAAUCCCAUUAUCUACAGUUUGAGGAACAAAGAUGUAAAAGAAGCAAUGAAAAAAGUGUUUGGAAGGAAUCAGUUUAUCAAUAAAGUAUACUUUUAGCACCAAAAUGAAAAAAAUUGAGUGAUGGCUUAUGCCUCCAUAUGAAGAAGAUAUGACAAAGAUGAAUUUUUUUUUUCAGUUUAUUAAUGUCUUUCUAUUCUUCUUGAAAAUUUUGAAGUAAAAAUCAUAGUCAAACCUCAACCUAGGCUAUUUUGACUCCUACAGAAGAACUGGGCCAUCAGUUUGCUUCUGAUUAUGUUCAUACUGAUACAGGUGUAUACGUGCGGGUGCACAUGAGUAUAUAUACAUACACAUACACAUACACAUAAUGGUUCUCAUAUAUAUACAGACACAUAUGUAUAUAAUAUUUUUAUAUUAUUGUAUAUUUUGUU